GAAUAAUUCGUGACGUACACGUAGCUCUCUCAUAAACCCCCUCAAAACGAAAGAAACUCUGUUAUUUCUUCAUUACCCAAAAUCUAAGCUUUCGUCGCCGGCGAAACCGUAACCGCCACCGGAGGGAUUUUUGUUGGUGCUCGUUAUGUCUACGGAACCAGAAGGAGUCGAAUCUGACUCCAACGCUGAUUUUGCCAUAAAUGCGUCGAGUUUUGACUACGGUAUGGCUCACACAUCUGAAACCCUAGCUGAUCCCAUGAGCUUUCAAGCUCAGGACUUGGUAGUGAACCUCACUGGAGUUGAGCGAAAAGUAUUUGUCUCUGCUCGUGAUGAUAAGGAUAGUCUCUGUAACGGGGUUGAUUUUGAUGCUGAUUCAGAUCUGCUUAAGAACAAGGAUAAGAAAGGAUUUUCUAAAGAGAAUCUGAAGCUUUUUGACUCAGAUUUGGUUUGGGCUAAACUAAGAAGUUAUCCAUGGUGGCCUGGACUGGUCUUUGAUAAAUCUGUUGCCUCUAAAGCUGCGAUGAGGCACUUCAAGAAAGGAAAUGUCUUGGUUGCGUAUUUUGGGGAUUGUACAUUUGCUUGGAAUAAUGCAUCUCAGAUAAAGCCUUUUCAUCAGAAUUUCUCUCAAAUGCAGGAGCAGAGUAACUCCGCUGAGUUUCGUGAUGCUAUUGAUUGUGCUUUGGAUGAGGUUUCAAGGAGAGUAGAGUUUGGUUUAUCUUGCUCUUGUGUUUCAGAGGAAGCCUAUAACAAACUCAAGACUCAGAACAUAAUCAAUGCUGGAAUUCGUGAGGACUCAAGUGUUAGAUACGGUGGAGACAAGUUAUCGGAUGGAAUCUCUUUUGAACCUGCUAAACUUGUGGAUUAUAUGAAGCAUUUAGCUUGCUUUCCUUGCUAUGAUGCGACUGAGAAGCUGCAAUUUGUGAUUAACCGAGCUCAGGUAUUGGCUUUUCAACAAUGGAAAGACUAUUCUCACUUCAUUGACUAUGAAACAUUUGUAAGGUCGGUGGAAUCUGCUGCGACCCUGGCUUCUCUCCCAGAAGUAAAUAUGGAUGAAGGAAUAUCUGCCAAAAAGAGAAAGACAGAUUAUAAAGAUAAUGCUGAACAGACAAAGGAGAAGACUUUGUCAGAUUUGACUGUAAAGAAACGCUGUGGGAGCAGAUCAACUGAGAAAUUGGAUGGUAAGUCGCAUUCUGAAAAGAAGCGUAAGGUUGAGUCUUCGGAAUCUGGUAAGUCUGAGAAAAGGAUCAAGAAAAGUCAGCAAAAGGAGGAUUCAGUGUCUAAACACUCUAAUGAGGAAAGUCUUUUGUCAGUGGGUGAUACUAAUAAACUGCAGAAGACGGCUGAACCGUGUCAUGGAACUGGAGUGGAAAAUGAGAUGAAUUCUUUAACUCCUACACUUAAGCCUUGCCGUGCUUCUAAAUCUACGGAAGUUGAGAAUGAGAAGACUAAGAAGCCGAGACAUCAAGAGCUUGCUGAAAGAAAGAUUUCUUCUCCUGAUGAGAUGCUCUCAAGCCUUCACGCUGCCAAUACCUCAACGGGAAUACCUGAUUCAAUCAACAUAGACCCCUCGAAUUAUGAAGAUUUUGAAAAGUUCAUUAAUGAACUGUUUUGCAGUAAACUCAAUGGUGACUCAAAGAAGGCAAGUAUCACUGAGACAUCAGAACCUUGUGAUAAGAAAGACUCUGCAGAAGAAGAGAUAUUACCUGCAAAUAAAGAAAUCACUGGCUCAGGCUCGAAAGAGCAAAUUGGUCUCAAGGACUGUUCUGCAGAUUCAUUACCACCCUAUGCUUUAGUCCUCAACUUUGCGGAUUCAGGUUCGGUUCCAUCUGAAGAAAAGCUGAACGAGAUAUUUAAACGUUACGGUCCUCUCCAUGAGUCUAAGACUAAGGUCACGAUGAAGGGUAAGAGAGCCAAAGUUGUGUUCAAAAGAGGGGAAGACGCAAAGACUGCCUUUAGCAGCGCAGGGAAAUACAGCAUCUUUGGACCUUCUCUUCUAAGUUACAGACUCGAGUAUGUUUGCCCCAAACGGAAAAAAACAACAUGACUGAUUGAGUCACGGCAUCUCUUAACUUUCAGAGAUUAGGGUCUGAUCAGAUAUCAUCAGCUAGGUCUUAUGAUGAGAGUAGAUUUUCGAUAAAUAAACGUAACCUAGGAUUUAUGAUGAGAGUAGGUUUUCGAUAAAUAAAAGUAACAUUCGUGUGAUGAGACUAAUUCUUAACUUUAUGACAUACAAAACCAAAACUGGAAAUACCAAUGAUAACAGUAAAGUUAGUCGCAACUGAAGAUGAGGCU